AUGAAACUAGGGAAAGGUAAAGUCAUUGGAAAGCGUUGGCGAAUUCUGAAGCGGAUUGGAGAAGGAGGAUUUGGAGCCGUGUAUAAAGUUGAAAACAUCGAUACAAAUGAACUAGCAGCACUGAAAGCAGAAUGGAACCGAGGUCCACGAAGUGUUCUACGACUAGAGGCCAUGAUUCUGCGACGUCUCGAAGGAAAAACCCAUUUCGCUCAGCUUCUUCAAACAGGCAAAAAGACUUCCUAUUCAUACAUUGUGAUGACGUUGUUAGGAGAGAGUUUGGACACGGUUUUGAAGAAAAUUGGCAGAAUCUGCACGAUAUCGACUCAGAUAAGAGUAGGAAUAAAUGCCCUCUAUGAGAUAAAGCAACUACAUGAUGUUGGAUUCAUUACACCGAGAUCUCAAGCCGGGGAAAUAUGGCCCUUGGCUCUUGCGGAACUCCGCACCAGCGCUUCAUUCAUCUCUUCGAUUUCGGAUUGGCUCGUGAGUACAUCAUGGUCGACCUUGAUGGACGGACAAAAAUGCGAAGACCACGAAAGAGGGCUCAUUUCAGAGGAACCAUACGAUAUUGCUCUGUCAACGCCCAAGAAAGAGGAGAGCAAGGUCGGCCCGACGACUUGUGGUGUCUGCUCUACAUCUUAG